CGUAGAAUCGUUUCCCGUCGUACUUGUCUCUGCCAUGGGUGACUGCUUCUCCGACGUGGGCUGCCGCAAGCAUGACUGGGCGGCGUGCGGCUACGCAUGGCUCGUGCUCGCCCCCGUCGGAUUUCUCUGGAUCGUCUGGCUCGGCGUCGGCAUCGUUAUGCUACAGCGCCACGGUGGUUUAACCAAACUCUUUCCGUUCGACCCGAAAAGAAUCCACGACCCUCUCGCCCAAGGUGUCGCGGUUGCUCUCUCACAGCGGCGGUCCGACUCGGUCAAGCGACCGCGGCUCCUCCGGUACCUCAAAGUUUGUGCGAUGGUGGCUGAGUGGCCAUCGUUCACGUGCACUCCGCUCCUCGUCGCGAUGAAAGCCACCAACGAGUCCCACAACCUCACCCACAUGCUGAGCAUGCUCACAACAACGAGCGAGGCCAUCAAUGUGCUUGUCGCCGCCCUCUGCGGCGUUUGUAUUCUGCUUCUCCGGCAAUGCGCCACCAAAAACGAGGCGUUGCUCAUGCGGUUUGCUUACCCCAUCACGUUUGACGUGCUCUACAUCCCGUUUAUCACGACCUUUCUGCGUCUCGCGACCUGCCCGAAUGGCUACGACCACAUGUUGCUGCCCGGCACGCUUUCGUGCGAGUGUGUCGACCACUACGGCGUGUGUGGGCUUCUGGGAUUUCUUCUCCUCUACGGCAGCACGCUGCACUAUAAAACACACAUCGAGCCGCUGGGCACAACCAUGGAUUUUCGGUUCCAAACCAGCUUUCAAGUCAUUAUGGUCAUGGCCCGCACCCACAAUCCCGUGGUAUCGAUCCUUGUCAACGCGGUCGACUUGGCACGCAUCCCCGGCGCUGCCAUUGGCAUUUCGAUUUGUCUCUGCCUCUGCGCGUCCUUCUUGCUUCUCUACACGUACGAGACACAACCUUGCAUUGGAAGCGGUCGAGUCCCCAAUAACCUUCGCGCCGUUUCCUUCUCGAGCUCGAUCUAUACCUCUCUCUGCGUGCUCGCUCUCGUCGUGACGGGCAGUGAUAUAACGCCGCUCUACUAUGCUCUGACGCUGCUGCCGGUGGUUUGGGGCCUGGCGUGGACGCUCAACAACCGUCGCGCCUCGUUGUACAACAUCCCCGACCUCUCGAUCCUCGAUCUCCUCGAGCACCCGUCGUCGCAGGCCCACGUUGUCGGCGCCAUCGCGGCCUUCCACGUUGACGUGACCAAAGUGAACGCGCGGGAUUAUGCCUCCAUCUACCGGCGACUCGAAGCACUGGCCAAAGGCACGAAGCGUGACCCGCUCUGCCGCAUCUAUGCCAUCCGAACCCUCUGGUUUUGCCACGUCGAGAGUUAUCGGUUCAGUGAUGCGGUCGUUGGCGAGUGCGACGCGGCUGCCGUCUUGCCAGACAACUGGUGGCGGACAGACGACGCCAACCCGAACGCCCGCGCAUUGCGCGCACGAGCCGCUUUUCAGGUGAUCGCGAUGGAUGCGCGCCGAGGCAGCAAGCGCGUUCCCACACGCGUGACCGUCUCGUCCAAAAGUCGAAGCUUCACGACCUCGUUGCCACUCGGCGAUGGGUCGAGCGGGCGCAUCAUCGCGCGCGGCACACAACCCUUUCAUGUCAUUCGCGUGCAAGACAAGCACUGGAUCUCCAAGACUGAGCGCCCCGACGAAGCUGCCGACGCGCUCAAAGAGCUCUACCAAAGGAGCCUCGAGGCAUUGGCGCACGCACGCGCCAUGGAGCACCCCACGGCCAUGUACGAAGCCUCGAUCUUCCUUCUGCAGUGGUACAAGUCGCAGUACCUCCAGCUCAGCAAGUUCGCGUACAUGGAAAUUCUCGCGACGCUCUGCGCCACCCACGACCCCAAGCUCGUGAUGGACGUGACGCACAGCCUAUACGCCGCGUGCACGGAAGGCGUCGUGCCCAUCGGCCUUUGGCUGCGCCACGCGUCGUUCCUCAACUACUUUAUGCAUGCCCUCGGCCACUCAAGUCGAUUGACCGUCUUCAAGUGCGCCACGGUGCUCUGGAUGGUGCUGGAAGCGGCCGUCAUGAACGCGGGUCACGACGUGGACCUCUUCCAUCUGUUUCUACCGUCGUCCAUGGCCAAGCUCUCGCAUGCGUUUUGGGUUUGGCAUGCCGCGUAUGACAUUAGCGACACACUCGAGCGCAUCUACCUCCUUUUGCAGGACCUCGAGACGCGUCAACGACAUCGAAAAGCCUGGACCACAGCAGGCAGCGACGCGGGUGACGAGAACGCGCCGUGGCUUGCCAAGCUGCGGCAUGGCGUCGCCCACAUGCUGGCGCCAGGUGUGCGCCGAUCGUUCGCCUCGCGCAAUAUGUCGCAGACACGGCGCGAUGCCACGCUGCUGUCGGUGACCAGCCGCGUUCAAAUUCGACCGUCCCUACCAACCUCGACAGCGGAUCGACCCGAGUCGCGGACGGGUCUGGCCGAGGACCGAUGUUCCACCAACCCGCCGCUACGCCGUGCACUUUCGUCAACGCCCACGAACGCCUACCCUCUGCAGGAACGAGGUCAUAGUGAACGCGGGCCACGUUGUGCGAGUCUCUUGCAGCCGAUCGUGCGAGAGUCCAUUGUGUCGGGCUGCAAAUCCCGAGAGAGCUGCAUGCCCGAGUCCCAUGUGCGCAGUCCCGAGCAUGCGCCGAGCAAGUCUCCUCCUGAGGCUACCCGCCGCAAGCAACGGCGCGACCGCUAUGCUCUCGUGCCGCACGAUGUGGCGACCGAGAUCGACCGUCGGCGGACACUCCGUAAGGAGGUCGAUGACCUCUUGCAGCAGGCAUACAUGGUGCACCACAGUGCAAGCCCAAGACGCAGCUUUGUCGCCGCCUUGGACAAGAGUGCGCCGCGCAGCGGCCAUCGCAAUAGUGAGCUUGUCAGCGUGGCAGCAUAUCUCGUGGGCUUGUACAAGAUGGCCGACCGAUGUGCGAUCGAGGACUACAUCACCAAUGCAGUCGAACCACACCUUUGCGCGUUCUUUGAAGACCACAUCAAGCCGUACCUUGCGAUCGCAGCGACAGCGCCCGGUCCCUCGUCGUCCCGUCGCGUCUCGUGGCUCUUUGCAUCGUAGGGAGCACAAUCGAUGGUGAGCCACCCGAUGGAGCUUGAACAUGUUGCGCUG